CACCCCUUGGAUACAAUGACAAGCUCUUGCAAGUCUUCACUUAAAACAUUAGAGACUUCAAAAGGGAAACUUUUUGGAAGAGACUGCAUAGCAGCAAACAUUGUUGUACAGCUGAACAAACUUCGUUACAAGGAUGCUAAAGGCGAUCCAAAGGGUUUUGUAACCUUUUUGGACCAACAUGAGUUGCCCAGAGGAUUGCUACCACGCUAUAGAGGGAACAGACUACAUAUACUUUUUCACACAUGUGGUAUUUUGAUCCAUCAUUAUGCCAUAUUGAAGAUAUUUCUGUGUUCUGGCUUGGCGUUAUGUGGAGGUCUGCGAAAUAGUUUGUUUCAAGACUUUACAUCUGAAAUAGGUAUCCGUGAGUUGUGUGUUUUAGCUUUAAUUGGAAAGCUACUUUCUGGCCCUUGGAUGAAAAAAUUUUAUAUUGCACCAGGUACAGGACUUGACUACAUAUCUGGCAUUCAGGUAGUAAAAGAUGUUAGGAACACUCUUAUUGAGAGCAGCAAGAAUCCCUUAUCUCUACUUAAACGAAAAACUGAUUUCUUUGGUAAUGAUAUUAAAGAUGUUGUUUUUGAUUCAAUAAUCAGCUUUUGCCCAGUAACUAAUGAAAUGAGUAAAGCAUUAGGUGACUGUCUUAAUGCUGUUAUUAGCGUCAUUGACAGGCAGUACUAGCGUCAUUUCGAAAUGAGUUCCAAUGAUCUUCUUAAAGACCAGACUAAGUCAGCUAGGCUUCACAACAUUGAUUCAGAAGAACUUAUGGGUAUGUUUAGCGCUGCAAAGCACAAAGCUCCUAAUGCUACUCUUUGUUUUCUUUCUUCGAAACUUCGUGCUUGCAAAAAUAAAACAACUGCUCUGCUUUGUAAAAAGCCAACUGAUAUUCAAAACAAGUUGAUAUUAUGGGCUAUCUCUAAUGCCAGGAAAAAUCGAUUUACAAGUAUGCAAUGUCAUAAUGAACUGAAGUUAGAACUGCUAAAACGAAUGGCAGAUAAAAUUCAGAAAAGGGAGGACAAAGACCGCAGAAAGGUAGAAAAAAUAUUAAAAAGUUGCAUGCCCGAUCAGGUAAAAGAAAUGUUUCCUGACCUAGAAAAUAACGAGGCCUCAGAUAUUGAAGAAAUUCUUAUUGGAGCUGCUAUUGGAAGAAGUAUUUGCCACAUGUGGUUCGAUAAUGCCAAUAACACCCAUGAGGUAUAUUACGGCAGAAUUGUUAGCAUUAAAAAGAA